CCCUCACACAAGUAACCCCGCCUACUUCAGACAGGUAACGUCCUCACAGGUGCGUCCGUCCGUCAGACCUCAGCUGUUGGACUCUCCUCAGAGGACGACCCCGGCUCCUGUUGACGCUCCGCCCUGUGGCGCCCCCUGCAGGUGAAUGACCAGGUGUGUCGUUUCAGGUGCAGGCGGGGACACGGAGUCGGUGAGCGUGCAGCGCUGCCAGCAGGUCGCCAACGAGCUGAGACAGGCGGCGAGACGAGCCGUGCGUCUCCACCAGCAGCUCGGCGUGUGCGGCGGCGGUUCGGAGCGGCGUCUUCAGAUGGCGGCCGUCCUGCAGGGGGCGUUUGAAGUCGUUCACUCGGAGCUUCAGGCGGCACUGCGGGGAGGAGACGGGCGGGGCAGCGCCGUCCCCUCUGGACGCCUGGAGGACGACGGGACGAUGUCUCUGCUGGAGAAAUACUCGGAGCUGCUGGUCCAGAUGACCCAGAACAAACUGAACCGCAUCUGAACCAGGACGCGCCGCCGUCGCGGCUCAGUCCGGAGGCUUGAUUUGAUCAUUAGUGUUAAAUUUAAUGCACCUUACGUUUGUUUUUUAAGGCGGCAAAAUGUGCUUUAAAUCACGAUCACUGUUUGUACAUAAACUAGUUUGAUAUAUUUCUUAAUAAUAAAGGUUUGACGUACAGUUUAA